AUGACCACCAGUUCGUUGAAUCGGACUGCGUCGCUUGUGGCCCUGGCUAUAGUGCCCCUCGUUUUCUUUGUUGACAUUGCAAAUCUGGGCAUGACCAAUAUCGCCCUUCCGACCAUUCAGAAGGCACUCGGCUACGAUGAAGGAUCGCUGCAAUGGGCUCUGACGGCCUAUUCGCUCACGUUUGGCGGCUUUUUAAUGGCCGGGGGCAGGCUGGGUGAUAUCUUUGGCCAUAGAAAUGUUCUCCUUUUCGGCAUGACGCUGUUCAACAUUGCCACAUUGGUCUGUGCUCUUGUUAAUGGUAAGCUUGGGCUUGUUGUUGGGAGGGCGUUUCAAGGGGUGGCGGCGGCUUUUACAAUCCCUUCAGCGCAGUCACUGGUUGCCUUGUCAUUUGAGGAUCCUGCGGCUCGGGUCAAAGCUUUUGGUGCUUGGGGCGCGUGCGGUUCAAGUGGUUUUGUUUUUGGGCCCAUCCUUGGCAGCGUCUUUACUUCACUUGUUUCGUUGGAAUGGACCUUCUGGGUCUCUCUCAUUGUCGAACGUAGCCUCAAGAUUACGGCCAUUGCGCUCCUGCUUACGAACAACUUGCCCGGCGCAGCAUCUACAGCCAGAGACAAGUGGUCCAACUUGCAUAUUCGCCUUGAUGCCCUUGGAACCUUCUUUUCUGUGUCCGGAUUGGUUCUGCUGGUCUAUGGACUAACAACCGGCAAUGUCCAUGGCUGGGACAAAGCGGAUGUCAUUGCAACGUUAAUUGUUGCUCUAGCGCUACUUGCGACCUUCGUCUUUGUUGAACUGAAGGUCUCUUCUGACCCCGUCCUCCCUCGCUAUCUCUGGGAUGAUCGGAUCAAAGUCCUUGGAUGUGCGGUCGCCGCCUUGGCAUAUGCUAUGUGGCAGGGCUCGAACUACCUAUUGACUCUUCAGCUUCAGAAUUUCGGCUACUCCGCCCUAUCAACAGCCCUCCACUUCCUCCCUCUAGGAAUAACCGCUUGCGUGGUCAACUUCUUGGAUAUUGGUCUGGCGGGUCUUAUUUUGCUGAGCCGCAUGGGCAGCGGCAAUGAAUAUUGGCCGUUCUGUUUUCCCGGUAUGAUUCUUUAUAUCGCUGGUAUUGGAACGGUAUACUUUGUCGGUAAUGUUACGGUAAUUGGUGCCGCGAAGGAAGAGCAUCAAGGAACCGAUUCUGGUGUUUACAAUAUGUUUCUCAAUGUUGGCGGUGCCGUUCUCGGUGUAGCAAUCUUGACUGUCAUUUCUGACUCUGUUGCCUCAGACAAAGGCGGCAAGAGUAACCCCCAGGCAAAUCUAGAGGGUUAUCGCACAACUGUUGGCGAAGAGAGCCAAGGCAAGACAGAGGGACGAGAAAGGACGAUUAACUCUUCGGGAGAGGAAGAUGGCGCUCUUAGCUCCUCUAACAAGAAGGUCAAAUGA